AACAUGGCUAACACCUUCCUUAUGUUCCUUCUCUCACUUUGCUUAUUUCCUCAUUUCUUCUUGGCAAAGUCCUCAAGUCCCCUUGCCCCAGCCUUAUACAUAUUUGGAGAUUCUAUUGUAGAUAGUGGCAAUAAUGAUUUCCUAAAUACAACUGCAAAAGCGAAUUACAAACCAUAUGGCAUAGAUUUUCCAGUUGGUCCAACAGGCAGAUUCACUAAUGGCAAGACAUUUGCAGAUUUUUUAGCUCAGUAUCUUGGGUUACCCUUAGUCCCUCCAUACUUGGGUCUUUCAAAGACACAAAAGAGUAAAACUGUUACUGGAAUCAAUUAUGCUUCUGGAUCAGCUGGCAUCCUCCAAGAAACAGGAAAAAUAUCAUAUGGAAAGAAUUUAGAGUUGCAGAAACAGAUUGAGUUUUUCGAAGAGACUGUUAACCAUUACUUGCCCAAGAACUUUAAAACCAAGAAAGAGCUUUUGGAGUACUUAUCCAAGUCAAUUUUUGUGGUAGAGAUAGGAAACAAUGACUAUUUUGCAAACUAUCUUCUACCUGCAUAUUACAAUAGUAGUCACCUAUACACCCCGGACCAAUUUUCAGGCAUCCUUUUGAAGAAACUCAAACAAUAUUUACAGGAUCUUUAUAAUUUGGGAGCCAGGAAGUUUGUGGUUUUCAAUGUCACCCCUCUUGGAUGUACACCAGCAGAAUUAUACCUCAAAAACCUAACAAGUGGAUGUGCUGAGGAUGUUAAUCAGUUAGUAUCUCUCUACAAUGAAGGCCUUCCAGAUAUGUUACAAGAACUCAAUACUAGCCUCCAGGGUUCAACUUUUGUUUUGGGAGACAUUUAUGGAUUCCUCUAUGACUUGAGCCAAAACCCUUAUAAAUAUGGGUUCAAAAAUAGAGGGCCAUGUUGUGUUAUAGACUAUACAACUUAUCUGUGCCAAGAAGAUGUCCUACCUUGUGUAAAUAGGACUUCAGAUAUCUUCUGGGAUACAGUACAUCCAUCUCAACACUCGAACUUGCAGCUUGCGACUGGUUGCUUCUUUGGUACUACCCGGUGUACUCCAUUAAAUAUCCUGAAGCUCACACAGAAAUAAUAAGGCACUACUUAUAUAUGUAAUGGUUUGGAACCUCAUUAGAGAUCUUUAUGCAUUAUAGCAGCCUAGACGUUUAAUAUUUCUUGAUGUAAUUUCAAAAAUAAAUUUUUUUAUUCGAAUUAGUCAAAA